AUGGGAGGAAAUUCAUAUAUUAAAUGGUUAACACUUUUUAAAUCAUGCACAAUUCGUGAAUCAACAAAUAAGAACCUAACAUUUUAUCGAAAUUUUCCAAUCAUCACGAAUGCAGCUAAGAAUGCUUUAAAAACUGUAAAUAAAUCUACUCCAGAUUCAAAAGUGAUUAAUAUUAUAUUACCUAGUGAUCUUCAAUCGAUUAAAGCAAAUGAACUGUCAGAAAUUUUAUUAUAUGAUUCAUUACUGGAUGAGAAAUUAGUUAUAGAAUUUGCUGUGAAUCCAAAAUAUUUUAAAAUAAAAAGGAAAGAUAGAAAAUUUAUGUGGAGCUCAAAAGAAGUUCUAUUUCAGCAUCCUAUAAGACCGAGAUAUAAAUUGCUGUCUGAAUCUGAUAAUAUAAAGUUAUUUUUUAAUAAUACUAUUACAUUGAAAUCCAAAUUUGGAAAUCUAACAAUUCAAAAUAUUUCAUGGCCUUCUCUUAUGGUUAGUAAAGAUUGUAGAGGUGUUGCUGUGAAUAAAUCACUUUAUGAAAAGUUGAAAAGUACAAUUGAUUUUCAAAAGAUAAUAGCUCCUUUCAACGAUUCAGAAUUGCCAAUUUUUCUGGCAUCAUCUUUACCAAAUAAUUGCGAUGCUAUAGGAUUAUUUCCUCAGUAUGUAGAAGAGCAUAAAAAAUAUUUUAAGGAUUAUGAUAUUUUUGGAGCGUUAUUGAAAUCUGGAUUUUGUUCAGAAACAGAAUAUAAAAAUGGCCAGAGGAUACUGAAUAAACUAUCAGAUAAGGAGAAUAUUGAAAUUGACUCACUUGUACCGCAUAAUAUUACGGAAUCCAUAACCAUCAAUGAUAUAAUUCAAUAUCCUAGGAAGUCAGCACAAUUGAAGAAGCUAUUCAGAUCAAAGUUUCCAAUAACUUCACAUGAUGCUCUCCGAUCAAUGUUGCUAUCAAACAAAAGCAACAUAUCUGACUAUGAAGUUGAGGUUUAUAAGCAAGUUAUCUUAUUUAAUAUAUUCAUAGAAAGCAUGAAACUGAAAUCACACUCUUUUAAAGUGAAUACUUUUUUGCAAGAAUUGAAUAAUUGUCAUCAUUGUAUAAAGAGCUGGGAUUACUAUAUUUUAGAGAACUAUUUUCAACUUAAACACACGCCCAAACCAAAUACAAUAAAAGAAUCAAUAGUCGUUAAGAAAAAAUUUGAUGCGUUUUUAGAGAAGUUAUACAAUUAUAACAUUAUGAUGGUUUGUGAACAAAAGGCAAAGAAAAAUCAAUUUCAUGAAAUCAAGACAUCUUACUAUGGCAAUUCAAAGAAAAAUAAUAUGAAUCAUUUGCCCAGGUCUAUAACCAUUUUAUCAAUUAUGGAGGAUAUCCUCAAGAGUUUAAAAUAUUUUGGAAUGUUUUCACCAAAUUUGCAUCGCUAUAUAAAUAAUAAUGCGAUACUAAAUGAGAACUUACCAAAAAAACUAGAUUUAGGCUUAAUUGAAAAAACUCUAGAUAAUAAAAAAGAUAUACAGAUAAGUUCAAAUUUAAAAUCAGGAGAGCUUAUAAAUUCAUUGAUUUCAGGUGUACUUGAACUGGAAGCCUUUAUAUUCCAGAGCAACACCAAUAAAGAGGUUAAUUAUAAAGAAAAAUUGAACUCUGAUAGUUGGUACCUUGUUUUGGAGGUCAGAGAUUCAAUAGGGUCCGAAGCACUCGAUCUCUUAAAGUACAGCACAACCAUUUCAAUGCAAAUCAAAAGUCCUGAAAAUAACUUCCCACCUUUAGGAAGUUCUAUUUGUGUUAAUAGAAUAUUCAUUGACAGUCAAAAUAAACUUUACCUGUAUCAAAAAAAACCCAGUAGAGAAUACAGAUACAAUCAAGUUACAAUCAAGCGCAAUGUAAUAAAUUAUUCAACACUAGGCAAGACAUGUAUAUGUGUCUAUAUAUGUCUACCCAAUUCAGCUUUUAUUGGAGAAUAUCAACGCUUCACAUGUAAAUAA